GUGGCGCUAGUUUUAUCGGAGUUUAGUCUAACGAGAGCUUUGGCACGCGUCGCACAAGUCGGAAGCAGCACUCGUGUCGCUUUAGUCAGCCGCGUGAGAGCGAGAGAGUGACAGAGAGGGCGUGAGAGCGCGAGAGGCGAACGACGGAGAGGGAAGAGCGAGAGGCACGUUAACGGUGAGCGUGAGCGAGACAGAGAAAGGAUAACGGUAGAACGUCGAGAGGACCAAGUGGAAUACAAGCGAGAAAAAGAUAGAUCGGGAGAGAGUGGGCUAGGUACGGUAGCAAGUAGUGAGAUGGGUGUAUGCGUGUAGCGGAGAAGAGCAGAUCGACGGCGACGACGACGAAGAGAGAGAAACGAUGUCGUGAAGAUGAAUGAACGAGCAUUCGGACGCAGUUGAUGUUACGACGAUGGGGAAGGUUCCCAAGUGGAGAACGCGGUAUGUAUCGGCGCCGCCAGAACGAAGGACAGCAGAUCUAAAAUCGCGGUGCUGAUCGUGCAGACGAGGAGCAUAGCGGCGGCAGUGACCAUGGCGCCCCUGCUCGCAUGUAAACAGUGCUUCAUGCUCGACGCACGCUUCGAGAGUAACGUUACUGGUGUCAGCAGCAUUUUUCUCAUCGAGAGUAAACGUAGCUACAGUCGUCGUCAUCGUCGUCGUCGUCAUCGUUGUUCCCCAAGUUCUCGUCGGUUCCCCCGAGUUCGAUGAACAGCCAUCAUCGAAGUUGCAACGUCGUCGUCGUCGAGAAUAUCGCGGACGUCCCCGAGGCAAGACGGUAUGGAUGGUAGAGACGAGUCAUGAUCCUCGUCCUGCCACGUCGCCGUUGUCCUCGUCCUCGUCCUCGCCGUCGCCGUGGUGGUCGCCGUCGCCGCCGCCGCGCGAAACCGUGUUCCGGCCGUUUGUGUUUGUUGAUUCGUCGUCGAUGCGUCGAACGUGUGUGCGCGUGCAAGACGCUGAGCCAAACCUUCGAGCGACGGUCAAACGUGAUUGAUGCGUCACGCAUUCAACUGCUAUCUAACAAGUGGUAACGAGCCCGAGAAGCGAGUACACGAAUUCACGGGCCGUUCGUGUUGCGAAACGAGCCGCGAUAUCCAGUGACUCGUACGCCGAUGAGAGAAAGGACGCGGUUCGCGCGAGUGUUAGCACGCGAACGAUCGAUUACAGGGCUCGAUCGGACAUCGUGACUCUGUCUGGUCGUUCGGUGGUGAGGCAAGUCGAUGGCAAUGGUGUUGCACGAAGUGAUGACCUUCUGCGUGGCCGAAUUCGGAAGAAGCUCAUCUCUGUGUUGCCCCUUACUAUUGACGCAUACGUACAGAAGACUGAGGUGUAUCAUUCCGCACUCCAAACAACAUAUCGCUUAUCCACCAUAAGUGGAAGAAGGUGAUGGCCCGUACCACGCGCUCGCGACGAAAAAUGGCGAAUACGACUGAUGCUCCCUCGCCUGCGAGCAGCCUUUUGUCGUCCACCACGACGACCCCGUUCACCAGCCCGACAUCGACAAGCUACUCCACCGAGGGCUAUACCUUCAAUUACAGCGGCCUUCCCAGCCUAGGUGGCUACUCAUUGGAGGAUUUGAAUUACACGGAACUCUGGGUGGACGUAUGGAAUAGCACCGAGGCCAGUAACGUGACUGAGAGGUUAAAUACCACUGUACUGUCAUCGGGAGCAGGCUACUGCGACGAAUGGGAGGCAGCGCAACACAAACUCUUCCAAGCGGCGAAUCUGUUCUUCGCAGCGGCGUUCCUGGUGCCGCGUUCUUUCAAGGCCUCAGUACUGGCACUGCGCACCUUUCUCACGGCUGGCUUCAUGCUGGCCGCUCUCUGGGCUGGAAUUACCAUAUGCGCCCUGGACGCGAUGCUAUGGUGUCUGGCUCUCGGCCUUCUGAACGGAAUCCAUUCGCUUAUACUAGCCUGUCGAUUUCUGCCUCCCGCGCUCAGCCCCGAGCUGGCUGAGCUCUAUCUGAAACUCUUUAAGCCGUACAAGGUCAGCAAGAAACACUUCCAGGAGCUGGCCAAGGAGGCAAGGAUAUUAAAGCUGGACUCCGGUCAGACGUAUGCGACAGAAGGCGUCACACCCGCCGACGAACGACUAUCGAUACUGUUACGUGGCAAGUUGAAGGUGACCUGCGACGGAACACACUUGCAUUACAUCAAAGCUUAUCAGUUCGUCGACUCGCCGGAAUGGGAGGCCAUGCACGAGAACAUCGACGACGUCUUCCAAGUGACGAUUCGAGCGGAGGAGUCUAGCACGUACAUCUGUUGGACCAGGCUGAAGUUGCUCAGGGUACUCAGGCAUAGGCCCCUGCUCAAGGUCGUCCUCAACACCCUCAUCGGUAAGGACAUUACGUCCAAGUUGUACGCCCUUAACGAGCAGCUCGCUGGUGUCGCCGCGGCCAGUGAGACAACCACGUCGAAUCCUUACAGGGGCGUCGCGAGAAGUCUUAGCGUCGACGCUGUAAACACUGAAACUGCCGGAAGAGUACGAUCCACGACGUGGAAGGCACAAAGGAGGCACAGUAAUCCGCGUAGCGACAGGAGUUCGCCAUCCCGGUACUCGCACCAAUACUGGGCGCCCGUGGUGGCAAAUCACUUCCCGCCGAAUUCGCCGUUCACCCAGGGUCAAAGCCUCGGGUACACGUUACUGCCGCAGGGUGUUCAGUUUUCGCCACCGCCACGGGCACCCUUUCUGUCGCAUCAGCCGUUGACGCGACAGCGUAGCGGUGGCACGAGCGGCGAUUACACCCUGCUACCUCAGACACCGAAGCUCGAGAGGAAACGCUCGAAAAAGGGGACGAGAGAGGUAACUUUCGAGACGCCCGUAUGACGGUCGCUCGACGGGGAGGGCCCUGCAAGCGUACCACUUCUGUCGCUAUCGCCUCAGCGUUCCGCCUAGCCCCGUCGAGAUCUCAUAAAUGCGAACCAUCUAUCACGGUUCGUUCUGUGAAGCACGUCGCCGCCGUCGUCCGGCUACUAACAUAGCACGGCCUAUCCAGCAGCAGCCGCCAGAGUGUCGUGUGGCCGCAUGGUCGCGUGACGCGGAUCCAGACAGACAGACACGGACGACGAUGAACACUCGAGCGCAGUUUGUGCAUCUAUCUGUGUGUAUGUGUAUGCGCGCGCGUGUCUGUAUGCAUAUAUGUGCAAAUGUGUGUAUGUAUGUGUGCGCGCGUCGAUGCUCUGUGAACAUUCGCGGAACUUCGUUUACGCGAACGCGUGUCCCAUUCGCCGAGUACUGUAAUCGACGAAGACGCGCAACGGUCUGACCAUGUUCAUAUCCCGCAAGUGCUACGCCUUACACGUAACUGAUACACGCAGAGCCACGUAACACGUGCACAAUAAAAUACCUAAGCAAAACCUAAGCCGUGUGUUCGAUAUUGAUCGUGGUGAAAGGAGUUUGCAUGGUGUUCCUCGACACACGAGUGGCCGGUGUCGCGAAACGCGUCUGUUCUCCUUCCACUUCUUCCUCUGCUAAUUCUUCCGCUACUUCUUCUUCUUCUUCUUCUUCUUCUUCUUCUUCUCCUGAUUCUUCUUCUUCUUCUUCUUCUUCUCCUACAUCGAGGAAACGGUGUUCGAAAGAAAGAGGAAGUUAACGUCGUUGGAAGCGAAGGUUCGUCAGGAAGUUACGAAAGACUUGACCAAAAAGCGUGCUGGAAAACUGGGACGAAGAGAAAAGUUUCGCGGGCAGGUGAUGAAAGGCGAGAGAGAAAUCGAAGGAAGGAUAGGCUGCUUGGUAACUCGAAUUACACGCUCGUUGAAACAUCGAAUCCUUCGAUCGAGUCUGAGAAGGACGGAUGACGAAGUGGAAGGGAGAAAUUGAGAAGAUCGAGUUUGUGCUUUACAUUCGCACAGAAAACCAAGGAAGUAGCUGUUCCGCGAUCGUCCAACGGUUUCUAGUCCUCCACCUAAACUUUUAUGACCACGCACGCGUUCAAUUUUCGCGACGAACUCGCGGCCGCUGUUCAAACGCUUCUUCCUUUCCUCCUUCCGCUCGCAAACGAAAUCCAUUUCAACGUUCGUUCACACGCGAGUGAUGUUCCACGUUAUAAUCAUCGUGGAAGGGCACCCGGGGAAAUUUCACGCGUUUGCUAGUUUUCGCUCGAAAAGGAUCGCCGACAGCGAACACGCAGAAAUUCCUACGGAACCAUCUAAAGAUGAUUUAAAAAUGAAAAAUAGAUUAUAAUUGUAUACUUGUGACGAGCGUCGCCGCUGUGUACACCCUUACAUCGACUGUGAUUAUAAUGGAUAUAAUUAUUAAGUCUUUCAGAGGAUGCCGAAUAAAUACACAGUACAGAAACUCGUUGCGGAACGAGUUAACAAACGCAGGAUUACCUGGGAGUCCUCGAGAUCGGUAAGUUUAGACGUCUCGCGAUUGCCAGUGGUCUUCCAGUUGAAGUGGAAUUUUUAAUAAUUCAUCGUUUCCACGUGUUUGCUAACAUUGGUAGAAAAUAUCGUAUAAACGCGGAUCGGGGUAUUCGCUCUCGUUUUACGAUGCGAUAACGGCUUACGAAUCUUUCUUUCUCUCAAGUCGUUUAGCGCAACAGUCUCGAUCCAAUAAUUCGUUUCAUUAAGCAGCCAAGCUUUUUCUUUCUCGCGAAAUCGAAUUUCACAUGAUUAGGCAGGCAGUGGAAUCGAACGAACCAUUGAAUUUCCAAAGCGAGUUCAUUUAGUUUCCCGUUGAAAAAGAAGCAAUUAAUUUACUUUGGACGAGCGAUCGGCUCGGCGACUCGCUCUACCACAGAUUCGUUGGCUGACGCGUCUCAACUAUGAUAUCGAUCUCUCGAGGACGCCAACUGUAGACAAGAUCGGAUAAGAAAUGAAAACCGAGAAAAGAAAAAAAAAAACAGGAAAAAUGCGAUACGCCGAGAACGCAACGCAGAAUUUCGAAUUACAGACGAGCAGAGAUUAUGGCCGCUCCUGGGAUGAUCGAAAAAGGUAAUCGAACGUGCACAGAGAAACCGGCGAAAGAGAAGAAACAACGGUAACGUCAUCAACAGCAGCUACACGAUAACGAGAAACAAGUUGAGUGAAAGAAAAAGGAAAGGACGAAUUAAAAGAAGAAGAAAGAACAACGAGAGUUCGCGCAAAAGGAUGGAACGAAGAAAAGAGAACGAGCGUAAUCUCCAGACGUAACGCAAUAAGUGCUUCGUUAAAAUGAAGAAAAAACCUGCAAUAAAGUGCUUCGAAAAUAAACAAAAAAAAAAAGAUAAAAUAAAAUAAAAGUAAAGUAAAAUCGUAGUUGAUUAUCGAGAGGGUUAACAGAGCAGAGUUAUGGUUUAAGGCGAACCUAAGAUUAAGAAUUAUAACGUACGCGUCGCGCGAGAAUACAAAAAGAUAAAAUAUAAAGUAAAAACAGAUAUAAAAUAGAGCACGUGUAGUAGAGGGAAAGGGACGAAUAUUAAAAGAAAAUAAACAAAAUUUGAAGAAAAUAAAACAAUGUGUGUUUGUAUGUUUCUAUGUUUAUAUAAUCCCCGCGUGUGAGAGCGAGGCCGUAGAAGAUCUAAUAAGACGCACAAACAAUUUAAACGAACGAUUUAAAAAAAUAUAAAAUAGAAAAGAACGUGGGAUAGGAAAUGAGACGAACGAAAAAAGAAGGAAGAGAGAGAUGAAUGAAAACGGAAGUGAAACGAAGAACGCACGUGUGAUGUGAGAAAAAGUAGUGACGGUCGUGUUGGCACAGGCAACCGAAAGCAGGUGCGUGUGUUUGAUGUAACGACGAUCGAGCAACCCGUUACGUUUGUUGUAAACGUGUCUUGUUGCAUCGAGAAUUGUAACGCGUGUAGUAGUCGUUGUUCUUGGGCUACGUUCGUUGGAAAAUAUAUCGUGGCUGAUAGACCGAUAUUGUAAAGCGAACGAUGUGUUUGAACGUGGAACAUAUGUUGCAGUUGAUAGUCACUGCCGUAGAAAUUGUGAAUAUAUUAUCGAUAGUGUAAAUUUAGAGAGAUAUCGGAUCGACCAGAAGCGAGUUUGGGAUUACACACCAUGUUUGAAAUAUUUCAACGAAAUUAUUAGAAAUCAGAGUAAGACGAUGAAUGAAAUUUACGAAGAAAAAGAUAUAAAAAUUCUCAUUAGCCAAAGCGUGUGAAUUAUUGUUAAUUAUAUCGAUAUCUAUUUUACUUUUUUACCACAAUUUUCCUUAUUUUCAGGAUAUUUAAUUUAGCGGGGUGUUCGCGUUAAAUUUAGCAUACUAAUAAUCGUUACACGAAUUUAAAUCUAAAUUAAAAUUAAAGUCAUUCGCAAACAUAUUUAUAAAGGCUGGUAAUUAUGCUGUAUUUAAAAAAGUUCAUAUAUGUUGUUAAAAACAAACUUUGACAAUGCCAUUAGGAUAUUAAUAAAUUCACGAUACAACGAAAUUUAAGAUAACAGAUAAUCCCAAACUUGCAAAAGAUAGCAUAAGAGGAUUGACGAUUACAAAGUUUCUUUUUAUUGCUUGUUAUUUAUCAAAAUGACAGGAACGAUAAUAUUUUUUUAGAUAACUGUAAAUAACACGGACGAAAUCAAGUUUACUCGUUAUGAAUGAAAAUGUACCUGUUUUAAGCUAUCGUGAAAUGGUAUUUAUCUCUCUAGAUUUACUACCAGCUUCAAAUAACGUUAAUAAUAUCAAUGUUUCGUCUAUUUUCAUUCGCCGUAUUUUUGACAAGAAACACCAGUUAGCCAUGUUAUAUAAAAUAUAAUUUGCGAUUAAUAUAUCUUGUUAGCAAAAUUAAACAUUAUUUACAGUGCGACGUAGAAUUUUAUUAAUGUCACCGUAAGAACUCGCUUCGCAGCAAACAACGCAGCAACUAAUUAUUGAUAUAUAUAUAUACGAUAAUUUGUCGUAUCAAUUUUUGGAAAAGGACCGAAGUUCGACCAGGUAAGUCAUGCAAUAUCGAUUACAGAAUAUAAAAACAUGUUCCAAAAAUAUCUGAACUCUAAUCUCUAAAUAUCGAAAUUAUCAAUAAACGAAGGAAACUCCGAACUUGUCCUCUAUCAAAUUCUUUCUAUUUUUAUAACAAAUAAUUAACCUUGUACGUUGCGCUACUACGAUCAUCGAUGAACUUGAAUAUAAUCAAACACACGUAUAAAGAAGUUAGGAUAGUCAUUAAAAAGAAAAAAAAAGGCCUCUUCGAGCUUUGGAUCGUAGUCGCUUCUCGAACAGUUUUUAUCGCUAUCGUAUAUUCUUGAUAUUUAAUCACGUAAAGAAACUAACGAGUUGUCGAUCGAUCGUGAUCGAUUAGUAUCAUUAUCAAGUACACACAUAGUAUCGUAAUAUAUAGUUUCUAUGACAAUACGUAAAUGGUAGAGAUUCUCGAAAAAAAUCCAAUUUCUCCGUGGCCGUGUAAAACACAGCGAUCAUAGAACAUAUUUACAUAUUGACGCGCUUAUAUUUUUAUAUAUGUAUAGUAAGAAGAAUUGUAAAAUAGUAUCGUUAUAGCGUAUUGUACAUAAGAGACAGUACUACGUAUCGUGGUUAAUGGCGUUUCAGCGUUUCUUCGGAAUUUUCGAACGCGUUGGCCGAAUAGCUGAAAAUAAUCCAAAUACUCCAAAUAUUCGAAUAUUCAUCACGUAGAUCGCUGAACGUUGUUCUCGUUUGAAAUUGCACGGUUUCGAUUAUUUUGCUAAAUAAUAGCGUUAAUUCUUUGUCUGGCAUCGUAUUUUAUUUACUCCGUUCAAAACGUGCUUUUGUUUCGUCGUAUGGAAUUGUUCGACUUUGUGCCUUUUCGGAGGAAUAAAUUUGACGGGAAAUUGUUUGAUAACAUAUUACGGUUACAAGCAGCCCUUAAAUUUUUCAAUGAACAAUCGGUGUUAUCGAUAUUUGCAUAUUAAACUUAAAAUUAGGUCAUAACAAACGUUAUCGAAUUGUUUGAGUAUCAUUUAAUAUUACGAAGUUUCAUUAAAAUUUCAGAUUAAUUUACAUAAAUGUCUAGUUCACAAUGGAACGCGGUUAAUAUUUAAAUAAAAUAUUUUACUUUUACUAAAGAAACGUUUAUGUUUCUUAAGAUUAUUGCUCUGAGAACAUAAUACUUUCGAAUUGUCUUUAAUAGCCAUUCAACAAGUUACAUUAUUUCGAUUAAAAUUUGCUAAACUGACACAUGCCGCUGCUUUCCAGACAAAGUAGCUUAUAAUAGACAAUUGACUUGUUGAAAAUACUGGAUAUUGCCAGUCAAAGAAUUAAUAUUGGCUACGGAAAUCAAGACGGCGUCGAUGGUAUUAGUAGUAGCGGAUUGUACAAGUCAGACGUGACUCGGAGCCGUCAGAUUCUAAAAUAUCUCUGUUUUAUUUCUCGCUGUUCUGUUUGCCGAAUUUCAGAGAGAGUGGAAAUAAAAAUCAUCCGGAUUAAAUAUUAAUAUACAUAAUAUUAUAUAGACCUGUAUAUUUCAUUUCCAGUAAAAAAAUUAUUAACUUUUGCGUUAAAUUAGGAUCGCGCGAAAUAAAAAAUGAAUGUUACUAAUGAAAUUGUUUUAGUUUCUUGGGAUUAAAAGUUUAAAUCAUACUUUAUCACAUUUCUUUCUUUUUCUACGGUGUAAAAAAUGAAUAAGUCAAAUUACAUCAUUUCAGAAUUCGAAAUACGCAGUUUUACAUCGAGUGAAAUUACAAUGAAAUUUAAUACUUUUCGCUCAACGUACCUACAACGUCCCAUUUAUCGGUAUAGUAUCUCCAGUGUUUCACUCGUUUUGCUAACAAGAAGAACGUUAAUAACAGAAAUGUCACGGAGCAUUUUUAUCAUUGUAGAAUUUUCCACUAUCGAGAGAUAUUUUAAUCGAUAACGAUACCUACAAUUUCUUUUAUGUGAAUCACCUUUGCAAAUCCUCAUAUUUGUCGUAUGUUUCGCUAUUAUCAUCGAAACAGGAAUCGAAGCGCAUGAUAAAAGAGAGAAUUAAUUAGCGUUCUGUUUGAUUCGACGAAUUCAGAGGACCUUCGAGUAUUCUCAUCUGCGCCGGUAUUAUCCAUCUGCCAAUUAUACGCGUGUUCCUCUGAAACAACGAUCUCUCUUCGAUUCCACGAAUUUCCAAGAACGUUACGCUUUGAUCUCUCGCUUGUAGGCAGAGAAUGCGUACAGCAGAUAAUUGUUCCCUUUUACCUUUACGACGUACGCUAUCGCUCAAAUGUAUCCAAACAUUUGAUUCUUAACAAGACUAUUCAGACGAUUCACGUUAGAGGUGAAAAUCCUUUUAUAUAAAAUUUUCUCUUUUGUUACCAUCGAAUGAAUGAAAAUGAAAUAAUUUAUCUGUUGAAUCAAUCAUUAGUUAACAAAUAUUCUUACUUAUUUCAAUAGCAUUUAGGUACGUAUCGUUAUUAUAAAUUACGAAUCGAUCAAGUGUGCGAAUAUUUGCAAGCGAUAGCAUAAAUCCGACGUUAGAAGAUUCUGAAAAUCGUAGAAAAACGAUGGACAUCGAAGAACGUAAACAGCAAUUAUAACAUCGUGUAACGAGGUACAUGGCGUCGGACACGCGUUCUACGUGUCCUGGUUCCUUGAAUUCGUCGAUAUUGGCAUGAAACCAGCUGAGCGGCGAACGUCUGGCUAGAUUUUAGGCCGAGUUAUUUACAUACGAAUGGAGACUGAACCGAAUGCAUUUGCCAAACAUUUUUUUCUUCCACAACCCCACGCUCGAUAUUUUCGACAUCCGCAGAUCCGCUUGUACAGUAUGUCUCGUAUAAUGUGAACAAGAAUGCAUUUGGAGGUGAGAGGGAACAGCUGGUGAUUCAUGGGACGCGUGUCGCGUCGAAUCGUUAAUCGUUUAGCCGAUAAUACUGUUUCCGGUCAAUACGCACGAAAAUCGUAAUUAAUGCCCGAAAUGUGCAGAAUUUUGAUGCGCCCUGUAACUCUGUUUCAAAGUGCGCAACGAUGCACGAACAUUCCGGCGAAUUCUCAAAAUAUUUAAUAUUGGGAAAAUGUGGUACGUUUACGGAGCUUAAUUCGCAUAUUUUCAAGCGAUGCAGAUGGUUAUAAAUGACGCGAUAGAAAUUCACUGACCGUUUCCCGCCUUUCCUAAAUUUAGAUAUUUUUCACUGUUACAUAUAGGUACGACGCCUUUUUUAUUUCUUCAUAAUUUCGAUGUGCCAAUUUUCUUUCCUCUUAGCACGAAUUUCUGAAAUUUCUCAAACGUUUGUUCUCCUUCUGAUAUUUUGACGUCGGUCAAAAGUUUACACAGGAAUUUAAGAGAAAUUUGCAGGCUAUGAACUUUCGUAAAAAUAGGAAUUUUAUGGAAUAAUAAACAGACAGACUUAUUUGCAGUGGCUUUCACGAACCUCUUCUCUGUAGAUUUCGAUCUGUUACUGCCUGAAAAUACAAAGAUUCGAGAUUUCCACGCUCGAGUAGCCACAAAAGAUUACUCGAAGCGACAAGAUCAUAGGGUUCCCGUUUCGCGCGAAAAAAUGCUCUGGAUCAAUAGAAAAGAAUUCAGCUCGAAUAAUGUUUCCUCUGUCCGGUAAUCGGGAGGAACGUUGUUUUAAUCGCAAUCAAGUAGGACAAAAAGACAUCGAUAAUCGUAUCGAGUGUCAGGUGUUAGCUCAUCCUUUGUGUACUUUUCCUACCGAUGGUCCUCAUCGAUUUUCGAUUAUCUUCGUUUUCGUAAUGAAUAUUCCUAAAAGGAUUGGCGCGAACCGAUGGUUAACGAACGUGAAGAAAAGUGGCCGAAAGGUUUUGCACGAAAAUGAACCGUUUCCAGAACGUUUCGUGAGAAAAUUCAUGCCUUUAAUUCUUCACGCGAAUCAACCGAUCUAUGUAUCACUUUGAAUUACAAAAUUCGGCCUAGUUCAGCGUGCCGUGUUCGAUUUGAAUUAUUUAUUACCGUUGCAAUUAAUUACGAGAAGGAACACCAGCUGUACCUGUCGCAACGAGGGAUAAUUUUCUAAUGUAUUGGAAAUAAAUUCCAGCCAUCCAACUCGCGAAUAGUAUCUCUAAAUAAUGAAGAAUUCCGAUUAAAAUUUUAAUGAUUGCUUUGUAUUACAUUAAUCAUAAACGUAAUAUAAUUCGAAAUCCGAGAUAUUAUAAUUUUCACAAAGAUUCACGGGAUUUUCAACAUAAUGUACGAUGAAUAGGUCAACUAAAUCUGCUUAAGAAGGAAGCACAAGUUAUAUCGAACCAAAGCGUAAAUUCUUGUCAUCGUUACUCCGUUAUUUGCGAAAAAUGUAUACCUAUCGUAAAAUUCAAAAGCUUGAGGAAAACAACUUCCUUUCGACAUCGCAUACCUGGCACAAAACUCGGUAAAAUUUGACCUCUCUUUAUCUCUUCCAUACCACGUGGCAACCGAGAUUUUGUCAAAAAGCGGUCUUGCCAAAAGCCUGACAUUCGUUUAAGCGAAAUCGUAUUUUCCGACGAAGCGUAGCGUUUACCGUAGAGAACGAGAGCCCGAAGAGCGUUUUUCUCCACGUUGCUUCGCGUUAUCCGUAGAACAGCGAACAGGAACGGCGUGCAAAAAAUAAUUGGAAGCGAGACGAGAAUAUGCGAAUAGAAAGAAAGAACGAACGAGAAUAAGACA